AUGCUUCAAUCGAAGACUUCUGUUCACUUGCUAGAACGACCUAGCAAAGAUGCGUUACUUUCUGCUUUCUCCGGCAAGCCGUUGGAUGCUUUGCGGACGCCUGCUUUAGUUGUAGAUCGCAAGUUGUUCGCCCAGAACUGUGCGAACAUGCACCGAAAGGCGAAGGAAUGGGGGGCGCAAUUUCGGGCACAUCUAAAGACCCAUAAAACGGCAGAAGGGGCGACACUUCAACUCGUUUCCGAUGAGGAUCGCACUCAUGCGGUGAUUGUUUCCACUCUCAUGGAAGCCUGGGAGGUCGUCCGGGCUGGCUUGGUCGCAAAUUCGACAGUCAAAGAUAUCCUUUAUGGUCUGCCUGUGGCCCCCAACAAAAUCGAGGAUCUAUCAGCACUGAGGAGGGAGGUUGAUAAAUAUGGAGGAAUUGUCAGGUUGUUGGUCGAUCACCCCGACCAGGUCAAGUUCUUGGAGGAAUUUGAGGCCAAGCAAGGAGCACCGACAUGGUGGUCAGUGUUCGUGAAGAUCAACGGUGGUCAAAAUCGUGCUGGUGUCUCUCCUGCUUCUAAAGAAUUCAUCUUCCUCAUCAAAGCGAUACUCAAAUCGCCUGCAACCAGCCUUCAUGGAUUUUAUGGCCACGCCGGGAAUGCUUACGGAUCGACCUCUUUGCCGGAAGCGUCUCGGUAUCUAUCAGGAGAAGUGGAGUCUGUAAACGCGGCUGCGAAGAAUGCCUUAGAGAUUAUCUCUCAGCUUGAUGUCGAACCGUCGGUCACAAAUCCUUUUGUUUUAUCGGUUGGAUCCACACCUACGGCCCACGCAGCGAGUGCGGAAACACGGAAUACACUUUCUCAAGUUCUGAAUGGGGUACUUGAAUUGCAUGCUGGCAAUUAUCCGAUGUUGGAUCUACAGCAGCAGCACACCACGCUCAUAGAUCAUGCUUGCAUCUCUCAGCGAGUCCGAGCAACGGUUAUAUCGUAUUAUUCAGGUCGAGGAGUCGGCGGCACCGAUGAAGCUAUGAUUGAUGCUGGUGGUAUCGCUUUCAGCAAGGACACCGGGCCAUCGGGGGUCUUUGGUGAAGUCAUUGGUCGCCCCUGGAUCCUUUCAAGAAUAUCGCAAGAGCAUGGAAUCUUGACUCGGAGCACUCCGACUUCCGCCAACGAAGAAUCCCUCAAGUUGGGAACAAUAGUUGAUAUUAUUGGCCAGCACGCAUGUAUGAUCGCAGCGGCUUACCCUUGGUAUUAUGUUGUUGAUCCUGACGUCGACGAUGGAAAGACGGUCGUAGAUAUUUGGGUGCCAUGGAAGGGAUGGUAA